CGCUCGACCACAGCCGACCCGCCCUCCACUGUCUCAAUUUUUCCAUCUGGGUUUCGUUUCGAUACCUCGACAUACUACCUCGACCAUUAUUCCGCCCGCUCGACAUCACUCACAACCCCAUCACAGCGAAAUCCCGGAUUCGACUUUCUUUGUCGCCUCAAUCACCUAGGUCUCUCUAUUUUAGCGACUGGCAAUCAACCAGGUCGACUCGUACAAGCGAAAACCAGCGUGUGCAAAGAUGGCGGAUACCGAUUUGCAGGAGCGCCUGCGUUCUCACGCUCAGGCCUUUGACGGUCUACUGUCGCUGAUCCCAGCCAAGAUGUACUACGGCGAGGACAAUAGUGAUCAGUGGAAGAAGAAGAAGCAAACCAAGGAGCAGGCAAAAGCUGCUAAGCGGGGGAAGCUCGAUCCCGACAGUGAACUCAACCGCAACGCCAAGGAGGUCAUGGAGGAGCGCGCCCGCAACAAGCGCAAGCUCCAGGAAAUGGAGGAGAGCAGCACUGAAGACAGCGACAUCGACGUCGAAAUCCCUGGUGUUGAGAAGGAGAAGCCUCUUGAAGGACUGAAGAAGAGGGUCGUCAAAGACGACGCCGAGACAGAAGAGUCUGCGCCUAAAAAGCAGAAGCUUUCCGAGGAGGAGGAGGAGGUGGUGGAGGAGGAGGCCGUCCCCGCUGAGAAGCCCUUGAGCAAGAAGGAGCAAGAAAAGGAGGCCAAGCGUCUCGCAAAGCUGGCCAAGCAGGAGAAGAAGAAGGCCAAGCUCGAGGCGAAACUAGGCAAGGGUGGAAAGACGGAAAAGAAGGACGACACCGCCGAAGAAGCCAAGCCUUCUACCGAAGCUAACGAGGACGACGAGAACGACGAUAUGGCUCCCAUUGAUGUGUCUGGUCUCGUAACAAAGGAGGAUGAGGGCGAGUCCCAGGAAUCCGCUCAAUCUUCUGUUUUCGACAGUCGCGACAAGGCCGGUUCCGCCGAGCCUGCCAGCGCCAACACCUCGAUCUCUUCCGCCGUUCCCCCAUCGGAUAAGCCCAAGUUCAAGCUUCCCGCCGAUACCACGGUUCUCCGCGAGCGUCUCGCCGCCAAGAUUGAGCAACUCCGUGCCGCUCGCAAGGUUGAGAAGGACGACGAGGGUAAGCCCAUUCGCACUAGGCAGGAACUCAUCGAGAUGCGCCGCGAGAAGGAGGCCAAGCGCAAGGCCCACAAGCGCGAGCAGAGACAGAAGCAGAAGGAGGAGGAGGAUCGGAAGCGGUCAGAGGCUAUUGCCAGCUCGCGCAACUCUCCCCUAAGCAUGCUCAGCCCCAAGGACGAUGUUGAAACCAACUUUGCUUUCGGACGUCUCGCCUUCUCUGAUGGUGUUCAGCUUUCUCGUGACGCCGCCUUUGUCAAGUCCGACGGAACCAAGAAGAAGGGCCCCACGGACGCCAAGUCCAAGCUUGCCAAGCUUGAGGCGCAGAAGAAGCGCCUCGAGGCCUUGCCUGAAGAUAAGCGCAAGGAAGUCCUUGAGAAGGAGACGUGGCUCGCUGCUCGCAAGCGUGCCGAGGGCGAGAAGGUUCACGACGACGAGCACCUGCUCAAGAAGGCUGUCAAGCGCAAGGAGAAGGCAAAGAGCAAGAGCGCCAAUGAGUGGAGAGAGCGCAAGGAGGGCGUCGCCAAGGCCCAGUACGAUAGGUCAAAGAAGCGCGAGGAGAACAUCAAGAAGAAGCAGGACGAGAAGAAGGCCCGCAAGAUGGGCAUCAAGGUCAAGAGCGGCAAGGGCGGUAAGGGUGGAGGAAAAGGUGCUUCCAAGGGUAAGAGCAGGCCUGGAUUCGAGGGCGGAUUCGGUGGUAAGAAGAAAUAAGCGUCGGAUAAGGUGUUCAGCAAGGGGUGUUUUGUCUUUUUGGAGAGAGAUGUUGAUACCACUGCUGCUGCAUAGCGGCAGAUGCUCGGGAGGCUGGCAUAUCCUUUUCCCAUUCUUCUGCCUUGUCGCUACGUACAUAUUUCUUGCUGGAAGGGGGUAACAGGUGGUGUUUUUGGCGUUUGUUUUUUUUCCUCAUGGUUUUUCGUUUCUUUUUUCUUUGCACGGUCGGAAUGGAAAAAGAGAUUAUAUCACACGUACAUAUCACAACUGGACCAGAUCACGACAAGCGGUUAACAUGGUACGAGGCUGGGCAAGCCUUGUCUUUUGUUCUUUUAUACUUAGCUAGCUUUUAGUAGUGGUGGCGAAGGGAGGAGGUAGGGGCUGGAGGUCCCCCUUCUUCUUCAGCGAGGCAGCAUCUUCAGGGAGUUAAAAAGUGAUUAUCAGCUCACCGAG